AUGAUCAUGUGCCAAAGCUACAUCGGCGGAAAACGCAAAGUUCACGCUUGCAAUCCAAAUCAAAACGAACACGGCGGGUCCUGUUACCAUUUCUCCCUCGGUGCGUCUGACUUCGAAACUUCAAAAGCAUCAUGUGCCAGUCUUGGGAUGCACCUGGUCUUCAUCGGAUCUCAGGACGAACAAGACUUUCUGGUCGUCACCGGCCUCGGCUACGAGUACUGGAUAGGGUUAUCCACAGUGACUUCGUUGGACAAUGCAGCUACUUCAACAUGGUUGGACGGCUCAAGCUUGACCUAUAUCAACUUCGCCGUCUCAGGAUGGACUUUUGAUCAAGGAGGAGAGUGUUUCCGAAUGUCAGGGUCACAAUACGAAUGGAUGGACAUGACUUGUUCUGUGGAGCUUCAUUAUAUCUGUGAAACAGAAAACAGUGAGUGCUGA